CGGCUCACCAUCUGCAGGGCCGGAGAGGAAGGAAGGGCACGGACCCGGCUCACCCCGCCCCCGCCAUCCCGGCGGAUAAAGGAGCCGAGGCCCAGACGGGAGGGCGCCCCGCCCCCGGAGGAGAGGAGCCGCAGCCCCUGCAGGACGGGGGCCUGGUCGCCAUGGGCUCCACCGCGGCCCCCGAGGGAGCGCCGGGCUACGUCCGCGAGUUCACCCGCCACUCCUCCGACGUGCUGGGCAACCUGAACGAGCUGCGCCUGCGCGGGAUCCUCACUGACGUCACGCUGCUGGUUGGCGGGCAACCCUUGAGGGCGCACAAGGCCGUGCUCAUCGCCUGCAGCGGCUUCUUCUAUUCGAUUUUCCGGGGCCGAGCGGGCGUCGGGGUGGACGUGCUCUCUCUGCCCGGGGGGCCGGAAGCCGGGGGCUUUGCGCCCCUCCUGGACUUCAUGUACACGUCCCGGCUGCGCCUCUCCCCAGCCACCGCGCCGGCCGUCCUGGCGGCCGCCACCUACUUGCAGAUGGAGCACGUCGUCCAGGCGUGCCACCGGUUCAUCCAGGCCAGCUGUGAACCCCUGGGCAUCUCCCUGCGGCCCCUGGAGGCCGAGCCCCCAGCGCCCCCCGCGGGUCCCCCAGCGGGCAGCCCCAGGCGCUCGGAAGGACACCCAGAUCCGCCCACGGAGUCGCGAAGCUGCAGCCGAGGCCCCCCGAGCCCAGCCAGCCCAGACCCCAAGGCCUGCAACUGGAAGAAAUACAAGUUUAUUGUGCUGAAUUCUCAGACCGCACAGGCGGGGAGCCGGGCUGGGGAGAACUCUGGCCGGCCUUGCCCCCAGGCCCGGCUCCCGAGCGGCGACGAAGCCAGCAGCAGCAGCGAAGAGGGACCCACGCCCGGGCUCCGCAGCAGACUAUCUCCGGCUGCUACCGCCGCAGGAUUCAAAUGUGGAGCUCCAGCGAAUGACCCCUGCCCCUUCACGGCCCGCGCUCAGGAGGCUCCUCUCUCGACCUCUAAGCAGGCGUGCCCACCGCCAGGAAGCGAGUUUUUCAGCUGCCAGGACUGCGAGGCUGUGGCGGGGUGCUCUUCGGGGCUGGACCCCUUAGCAGCGGGGGACGAGGACAAGCCCUACAAAUGCCAGCUGUGCCGAUCUGCCUUCCGCUAUAAAGGCAACCUGGCUAGCCACCGCGCCGUGCACUCAGGAGAAAAGCCUUACCGCUGCGCCGUCUGCGGAGCGCGCUUCAACCGCCCGGCUAACCUGAAGACGCACAGCCGCAUCCACUCCGGAGAGAAGCCGUACCAGUGCGAGACGUGCGGCUCGCGCUUCGUUCAGGUGGCGCACCUCCGCGCGCACGUGCUCAUCCACACGGGAGAGAAGCCCUACCCGUGCCCCACCUGCGGAACCCGCUUCCGCCAUCUGCAGACCCUCAAAAGCCACGUUCGCAUCCACACGGGGGAGAAGCCGUACCACUGCGACCCCUGCGGCCUGCAUUUUCGGCACAAGAGUCAGCUGCGGCUGCACCUGCGUCAGAAGCACGGGGCCGCGACCAAUACCAAAGUGCGAUACCACCUCCUGGGGGGCCGUAGCUGCGCCCCGCCUGCGCCCCGACUCGCUCCCUAGGGGCUGUGAGAGCGUAGGCUGAGGCGUGAUGUGGGGUGCGCCAGGCCGCCCUGCCAUCAGAAGCUUCAUUACCUAAGUAACCAAACUUGUUCAUUACUGAGGAGAGCAGGGGAGGCUGAUCCCGGUUGGAGCAGCCUCUGUUUUGCUGGUCAAAACCUCUUCCUCACAAUCCAGACUGGGUAGCUAGGGACUGGGGGAAAGGAGCCGCGCCAGGGACCUGCUCCAAGGAACUGCGCCCCCCCCCCCAAUGGUUUAUGUGUAAAUAUAAUUUAUUAGGGUCUGUGGGUGGCACAGGGCCUUCAUUCUGUUUUGCCUUUCCGACUUUCUUCUUCCACGAGUGUGAUCAAAAGUGAGUGGACACGGGUGAGGGCACGCCUCUGCUGGCAGAGAGACCUAGCACUUGGCUUUCUCCUUUGGCUUGAGCGUCUCCGCAUUGUUUUUGCUGUAACAUUUCCCUUUUGAGUCGUCCUUUUUCCUCGUUGUUUGCUUGUUGCCCUGUCCCGAGGUUCUCGGGCUAGAAGCUUCAGUUCUCCUAGGCCCUGGGAACACAUGUGGUUGGGUGAAGCAUCCUCCCUGGUAUUUUGGAUGGUUUUGCAGCAGGCUAGACCUGGAAGGAAACCUUCAGCUCUUUGAGGGUGAUGGGAACCUUUUUGAUGAACCCAAAAUGUAGAUAAUAAAUUCCUCCUGAAGGCUGGAUUCCUCACUAGCCUCCACGGAGGUGGGUAGUCUUUCUGGGAAGGCCCAGCAUCUAAACUGUUCCACUGAUCUAGUCCCCAGGAUUUGACCCCAUGCUGUCCCUCUGUCAGAGAGAGAGCCUAAGGGUUUGAGCUGAACCCGAGGUCAGCCUGCGUCCUGGCUGAGCUAACACCCCACGGGGAGAGCUCUGCAAUCUGUCCGUUCUCAUCUGUCCGGUUUCUGAGAAGGCUAGAGUCAGUGACACCACUUCCCUCCACCGUGAGUCUGCAGAAUCCUGGGCCGCAUGAGUGGCUGGGGUUGAAUGUUCCUUUGGGUUCAAUAUGCCCUUCUUCUCUGAAUGUGUUGUUUUUGGACAAUUUCUGGCAAGUGUCCAGAUUCCAAGAAGUUCUUCUUUCAAGGGUGCUUAGUAACUCUCUUACCUUAGGAAAUCUGGGUCUAACUCAGAUUUCCACCGUUGUCGCUCCUGGGACCACUGAGCGUCCUAGGCUGCACAGAGGAAGGAAGCCAGGCCGAGCUCUAUUCUGUGUUUGUUGUCACUGGGGAUUAUUGUUGCAAUUACAUACUUCAAGGCUUUAAGAGACCAAUUGGUGGGUUGGCCAAAGACCACUUCCCCAUGAACAAGUUGCCAGAUAGGUUGGUUGAGGGCUGCAGUUUGUAGCUAGAUGGAGUCUGGAGUGUUGGACGUCUGGGGCCCUGGUGUAGGGCAGAGCCCUGCUCCUGCCACCCUGGGACUGAGGUUACAGGACUUGGGAGAACGGCAAGAAGACGUGAAGAUGUAAAGCAGAGUCCCCAGCUGAGGCGGCCCUGUGGCCUACGGCUGGCGCCUGGUGAGAAGGCCGUUCUUCCGUUUCACCCGUCAGCCUGUGUGUGUGUGGGGUGGAGACAGCGGAGCAGAGAUUGAGACGGUAUUAUGAGUUCUCUUUAGCAGACUGGAUACGAGUGGGAAGUGCCAGGGGCUGAGAUGUUGGAUGCUGCGGGAUCAGAUCCUUGGAAUAAAGAAGCCCCUCUCUGUCCA